AUGGCGCCUACCUAUGAGCUAUGGCAGUCCGUCAUCGCAAAGAUAGCAUCCGAAGAAUGGAUCGAUAUGCGUGGAAAGGAGCAUGGAAAUGACAUGGACUCCCUUACCAUUGGCGGCCAAAAUGGCGGCCGAAAAAUCACGGUCCUCGUGUCACCUGAUCUAAUUGAGAGCUCUUUCGAAGAGCUUCAGCUCCAAAAUCGCAAACAGCUCGACAAUAACUUGGCCAGGAGCCCUGUUGAGCCAAUCCUGGUUCUCCUAGAUAUCAUCCACGGCGGGCACAUGUUCAUUCCGGAAGAGAAAUCCGAGGAGGAGCUCUUCGCCUCCAAGAGGGGUUCUGUUCAGGAGCUUGGCCAGCUGGUAGGUUGGGCUCAAAAGUACGAGCUCGAACAUCUUCUGGUCCCGUACCUGAAAGAAUGGAUGCCCAAUGAAGCCGAGAUAGACGCCAUUGACAUAGAUGUUGUAGUCAUCGCUGCUAACCUCGCUUUUGGACUUGGGGACGGGGGUAUGUACGACAAGUUGAUCAACCGCCUGGGCUUUGAAUGCAGCGUCAACAGGAAUGGCGACAUUUCAUAUCCAAACAGUAUCAAGAAGACUAAAUUUGCGAGAACUAUGAUGCCUUUCGGUAUUGACGGGGAAGCCACAAAGUGUCCACCAUUCCCAGCAAGUCAACUACUCUUCAUGAUCUGA